UCAGUAUCUCUGUAUCUACCUAGAUAGGGUCCCUGGUCAGCUUUUGUUCCCCACGCAGGACGGGCGGGAGCAUAAAUUGGCGUUACCCGAACCUGUCAAAUUCCAGAUCAUGUAUCUAGCUGCUAGUGAGAUCCAACGAUAUCAUAAAUAAGAAUCGAUAGAUGACACAGAGUGGAUAAGACCCCUGAAUCGUCAUCAUGGCUAGCUCUCCGCUAUCGUAUUACCCUCCCGAAGACCAGCUGGCAGCUCGUGUCAAGCUGUUUGAAUCUAAUGCUUCGAAUGUUGUUGACUAUGGAAACUCGAACGGCCUCGGGAAUCUACCCGUGUCUCUAGAGUCACCCCUGGCUUGGUCUCGUGAAGACAUCGAAAAGGAUAUGAACAAAUGUGUACUGAAACUCUCAGAGAGUGAUAUCGCUGCCCUUGAGCGUGCAGCUAGGAACUUUGAGGAUCAAGCCAUUGCUCUAUCCAAUAUUUCCCCUGACAACUUCGUGCUCCCAGAGAGUCUUAGAAAAUCUCUACGGGGCGUGUCGGACCAAUGCUACCAUGGCCGUGGGUUUACCGUCGUUCAAGGCCUUGACCCUACCAAGUAUAGCCCCGAGCUAAAUGUUGUCUUCUAUGCCGGAAUCGCAACACAUGUGGCGCCUCAACACGGAUUCCUCGACAAAAAUCGUGUUAAAGUUCUGUGCCACGUUGUGAAUGCUGCCGGCGAGGCUUCUCCCGACGAAGCAGCUCAAAAGUCCCCCGGAUUCACCGAUGGGCCUUUGGCCUUCCACACCGACAACUGCGAAAUUCUUUCCUUGUAUGCCGUGGACGUUGCCUCGACCGGAGGGCAGACCUUUGUGUCAAGCUCGUACCAACUGUUUAACGAGCUAGCCAAGACAAGGCCAGACGUACUAGCAACCCUAUCGGACCACUGGGUCCUCGAUACGUUCAAGGAUUAUACCCAAUUCCCACCCGUAACGCGGCCCAUGCUCCACGUCUCCGACACCGGCGACGUCAUGUUCACGUACUCGCGCUUCCCGAUGGCCGGGUUCAACGGUAAGCAGCGCAACCCCGCGCUCGCGCCCGUGAACGAGGCGCAGAUCGCCGCCAUGGACGCCGUGCAGUACAUCAUGGCGAAGAACGCGGUCGCGCUGCCGUGGGGCAAGGGGGACAUCGCCUUCAUCAACGACAUGGCGAUCAUGCACGCGCGGUCCGGGUUCACGGAGGCCGACCGCGGGCUGCAGCGGCACCUGCUGAAGUUCUACCUCCGCGACCCCCAGCAGAGCUGGCCGGUCCCGCCCAGCGCGCAGAGGCAGUGGGACAAGAUCUACGGGCCCAACACCCCCGAUGGCCAGCGGAAGGAGCUGUGGUGCGUGCGGUAUGAGGCGGGGCAGGAGAACGACUGGGAGUCGAAUGGGUAGAUGGAUGGGCGGUGUUAUCGUUAAACGCUUCUUUUCCCGUCUGCUAUUAUGAGGAACUUUUACCAGCUGCUGUUUUGUUGAAUACCUAGGUAAGGCUGAACGAGGUCUCACAGUGGUGUAUUAUCUUGUCACUGCUUCAUGCGGAAUCCCAUCCAAUACGGGUACGGUACGUCUUAUAACCGGCCUAGGGUG